AUGAGCUCAUGCAGCAGCAGGGCUCUCACUCUGCUCUCCACCGUGUUUGGGGCGUGCGGACUGCUGUUGGUUGGGGUUGCCGUGGCAACCGAUUAUUGGCUGUUAAUGGAGGAGGGCAUCGUGCUGCAGCAGAACCAAACUAUCGACGUCAAGAUGGCACUGCAUUCCGGCCUCUGGAGGGUGUGCUUCAUAGCAGGUUCAGAGAAAGGAAAAUGCGUGGCCUCUGAGUAUUUCACUGAGCCAGAGAUAGAGAUCACAACAGAAAACACGGCAAAUAUUCUCAAAAUGGUGCGGACAGCUACACCUUUCCCCAUGGUGUCUUUGCUCUUUGUGUUCACUGCCUUCAUCCUGAGCAACGUGGGCCAUAUUCGCCCGCAGCGCACCAUCUUGGCAUUUGUUUCCGGAAUCUUCUUCAUCCUGUCAGGUCUGAGUCUAGUGGUGGGAUUGGUGCUCUAUAUCUCCAGUAUAAACGAUGAGGUGAUGAACAGGCCUAGAGAACCGGAACACUUCUUUAACUAUCACUAUGGCUGGUCCUUUGCAUUUGCUGCCAGCUCCUUCCUUCUCAAAGAGGGUGCUGGCGUGAUGUCUGUGUAUCUCUUCAUGAAGCGUUACACUGAAGAGGAGAUGUAUCGGCCUCACCCAGCGCUCUACCGCCCCCGUCUGUCUGAGAGCAGUGACUACAGUGGUCAGUUCCUGCAGCCUGACACCUGGCCACCUCACCAGCGUGCUCGCAGUGCCUCUGAGCUCUCCAGUGAUGUCUCCAUUCAGCUAGCACAGACCCAGCAGCCUCCAGCCAAACUCAUCACCCAGCACAGUGUGUCAGCCCAAAGCGCCACCGCUGCCUCCAGCCCCGAGUCUGCAGCUGCAUUCCAGCUUCAGUCACCCUCACACUUUAGCCACAACCACCCUCUCCAUCCUACAGAGUCCCAGAGCCUGCCCCUGUCCAUGCCACCACCUGCCGUCCCACCCCCUCAUUACCACACACACAUGCGCAUGAGCGCUUCGCCAUGUUAG